AAUUACAUUCUUCAAGAAGCAAUAAAUAAAAGUAGAUAUUUUUAGCUUGAAGAGAAAUGAAAUGCAAUAAAUUGUUUUCAAAUCUAUUUAUUUGUGACUAUAUGGAAAGUCAGAGUCGUAGUUGCAAGUACCCUGCCCGGAGGAAUUUUAAACCUCUAAAAUUUUGUAAUUCUAAGUAAUACUACUAGAUCAGAGGCGCACCAAAUUUCACUUUUUGUUGUCAUCCUGUAAUCAUCUAGAUUUUUGCAGCUCACAUCUAAUAAUCUAAUCAUACCCAUUUUGUGAGACAUGGCUAUAGGUAUGGUUUCUAAUUAGAUGGAGGCAGCUAUCAACAUUGGCUCAUUUGGAAAGGCAACUGCAGAAGAACCAUCUAGAAGGACAGGUCAUUUUGCUGCCUUUUUAAUUUUGCUGCAGAAGAAUCAGUCAGCUGAGUGCAAGCAGGUCAUGCAGAAAGACAAAUAACCCAAAAAUAUCCUAACCAUUGCUGUAUUUCCCAUACAAUAUCACUUGAAAAACAUCUUACAGUGUAUAAUAUUAAUUUGACAAAUCUAAUAAGUACCCUUUAAUGAGACUUAGUGCCAAAGCUAUUUCCUGGGAUGCAAUGCUCCCAACAGACCACAAGAUGGUACAUUUUACUAUACUCUUAUGAACUAUUUUCUUUUGUAUAUUUCUUUUAAAAAGCUAUUUUACUGCCAUCUAGUCUUGGAAUUUAUCCUCUUCCUCUUUGAAUGUUUGCAUUUUGAAAAGUAACAUUUUUAACUUUAAACUUGGAUAACAUAUUUUUUUAAAAGUUUGAACACUGGUAGGUUUAUUUCUAGUGAGAUUGGUAUAUUUCCAUAGAAAAGUUCAACUAGUCAUAUGUAUGACUCUAUGCUAUAUGAAUAGUCAGAAGGUUCUAGUAGUGAAGCUAUUUUGCACUUUUAUUUUUUAAUUCCCAGUACAGAAAGGCAGACUGGGGGCAGGGGGGGAUAGUGAAGGGUGGGGUGGGGACUGGCAUGCUCUGGUCCAUUGCAGGUCUGCCUCAUGCAUUGGAUUUAUGAGUUGGAUGAAAUAUGUCCCAAAUAAUAUGUCCCAGAUAGUGGGAACUACCACUCCAAAGAAGAAUGCAGGGUUAGAGUUGGGAAGAUCCAGAAAAGAUGCUGAGAUCUACUACCUUCACCCAGUAUGAGUUCAGCCUGUCCAGUUGCAAUGUGAGAUACUGAUCCCAGUUACAGAGUGUUUAGGUUUCAGUUACUGCCGAUAAAGUCGGUGCCCCAGCUAGAGAGUCUUGGAGCAGCACAGAAAUUAAAUAAAACUACUGAAUCUAAGGCUGAAGAAGCUUCUUGAAACGUCUUAAGAGAAAGUCAAGUUGCCUCUUGAAAAAGACUUUUGGGACAAUCAUGACCUAUGUGACCGAGAAUCUCCAUAGACAUUUAUUCAUUCUAAACGGAGCAAUUACUUUUUCACACUAACGUACUAUGUGCCGCAUGACUUGACUUUGUUUACACCGAACUAAAACGAGCACUUAAAGAUGGUAUUCGUGUAUUGCAGACCCUCUUUAUGUAGAUCUCUAACAUUCAGCGGACAAAGAUCCGCAAAACGUCAAAAAAUUCCCCACGGGGGGAAUUUCACAACCUUGCACGUUGCCACUCACUUCCUAGGAAUGGAGACCGCCGGACUCAAGGCUACCUACAUUUGAGGCGGCAUCUGCAAUGCAAGUAGCCUUCAAAGCGCCCCAGCCGUCUCUUCUCAGGGCUCCGGAUCUCUGGCAUUUCUCCGGUAGGGAAAGCGAGCGCCUAGAGCUGGCGAGCCUAAAGGGGAAAGGCGGCUGAAGGCAGCCAAGAGAGACGCCUUCCCGCUCGGCGCUUCCACCUCCUUUCUCCCCCUGCCGAGACAAAACGGCCCAUCAAGCCAAACCUCCCACGCCGCUUUCUCGCCCCUGCAGGGGGACCAGGCAGGCCGGAGCGCGGCCGUCCGCGGAUGGGCGAGCGAAGGACACGGUUGCGUUGAGGUGAGGCGGGGAAGACGCAGAAAAAUGAAAUUCAGGCCAAAUUUGAGUAAAUAAUUAUGGGCCCAGAUGUGCCUCUAUUGAAUUACCACAAGCAAGAAUUCUUAUUAAAGCGAUUUCCACAGAGCAUUUUGGGUGGCCCUCAAUUUAAAUUAGGAUACUGUGCACCUUCUUACAUCUAUUUGAAUCAGAUUCUUCUCUUCUUGAUACCAUGGAUUCUAGUGGAAUUGGAACGCUUAUGUAUCAGUUUAAAUGUUCUGCAAGACUAUGGCACAGCUGCACUUUCUGGAGGACUAAUGCUUGUUGCAGCUAUUAUUGUUCAAGGAAUAAACUUGUAUGCCAGGCAAAAGACUGCACCUGUAGAAAGAAUGCAUGUCCACAAUAUCUUAACAGAGGAAGAUGAGUGGGAGUUUCUAGCUGUAUAGGUUAGAGACAUCAAAUUUAUUAUCCCAGGCAAAAAAUAUAUAAUUAAUGUGUUUUUUCACUCACUUGUUGCUGGAGUACUAUGUGGUUUAGGAACUUGUAUUUGCUGCCCAGUAGAAUUGCCUCUUUAUAUGGAGAUAUAUUGGAACAACUGUGGUGAUCUUCGUAUUGGAUGGUUGACAGUGUGCAUUGGAGAUUCCUUAAUUGUUAAUACUGCUUCAGAGACAGCUACUUAUCAAGCACUGGACACUUAUGAAAUUGUUCCUCUUAUGAGACCAUUCUACAUUUUUGUCUUCAUAGCAGUGGAUCUUGCUCACAGAUUUGUUGCUGAUGCUGCAGCUUUAAAGUUGGUCAAUCAGGUUAUGCACAUCGUAUUUUUGUUGUUGCCACUUUUAUGGACUUUGGGGAUUCUGCCUCCAUUGGAUGCACUUUUUCUCUGGGGAAUGGAACAAGUGCUGGAACUUGGGCUAGGGGGCUCACCUAUGUCAAAUAAUGUAAGACUGCUAGCAAUGUUUAUCAUUUCUUUGGGAACAGCUGUUGCAUCUUACUUCAUCCCUAACACGUUGGGUGUGGUUCUGUUCAUGACCGGAUGUGGAUUUAUACUUCUUAAUCUAAAUGAGAUUGGAUUAACCGCUCAAAUACACUAGUGAUCAGCUGUUUAGCUUCCAGCAAAUUUAAAAGCACGUCUUCCUGCAGAACACAAUUGUAUGGAGGAAUUAAUGUUCUAUUUCAUUGUACUGACUUUUGCUCUUCUGGAAGCGCUUAUUGCACUUCUUCCUGGUUUUCAGACAUUUUCCAAGACUAGCCUACAAGGUGUUAUUAGUUACAUAUUGAUAGUAUUGCUUCUUGCUCAAUGGAUUCUCAGAGAGGUUCAAACAGUAUAUUUGUUUGGAUUGUUUCGAAAUCCCUUUUAUCCAAAAGAACUAAUGACAACGAAUGUGUCCGGAAGGAAGGAAAAGAACCUCAAGAAAAUUGGUAUGUUAAGGAAGAUUUUACUCACUUUAGUGUCACCGUUUGCUAUGAUAGCAUUUCUUUCCAUAGACAAUUCUCUACAUCAACUUUCAUCCAUAUAUAUUUCCAUUGGAUUUUCAAGAAGCUUUAGAAUGGUGUGGCAAGAUACAGAGCAUGCUCUGUUGGAUAUGGUGGUAGUGUCUGCAGUGCAGUUGCUGGUGUUCACUACUGAUCUCUGGUGGAACAAAAGCAUUGAUACAGGAAUUAGACUCCUGCUGGUUGGAAUUAUUCGGACUCGGCUGUUUCAAUUUGUUUCAAAAUUGCAAUUUGCCAUUACUGUUCUCUUGACAUCGUGGACAGAAAAGAAACAGCGACGGAAAUCCACAGCUACUUUGAUUACACUGAACAUUGCUUUCUUUCCAAUUGUAUUGGCCAUCAUAGUGCUCUCUUCAUUGCUUUCUUCUCCCUUGCUAUCACUUUUUAGUCUCCCAAUAUUUUUGAUAGGCUUUCCAAGACCAGUCCGAAGCUGGCCAGGACCUGUGGGCAUGAUGACCUGCGUAGGUCCUGAUGCUGUAUAUUAUCAACAGAUGAUUCCAAGUUUAAGGACUGCAUUGCAAUCAGCAUUCUCAACAGGCAGGUUAGGUUUCUGUUCACCUGGAUCCCACUACCUGUGCCGAUUUCAAGACAGGUUAAUAUGGAUCCUUGUUUUAGAAAGAGGCUAUACUUACUGUUGUCUCAAUAUCAAGGGUUUAGAAUUGCAGGAAACCUCCUGUCAUACUGCUGAAGCUCACAGAGUUGAUGAUAUUUUUGCGAUGGCCUUUGAACAUCAGGAACAUAAUAAGAUGUUCUCCCUCAACCCUCAUUUUGGAAAUAUUUUAACACCUUGUGCUGCUCUUCCUGUAAAACUCUACUCAGAUGCCAGAAAUACCUUAUCUGGAAUAAUUGAUUCUCCUGAAAAUCGGAAGCAGUUCAAAGAAGACUUCAUAAAAGUACUCUUAUGGAUGUUAAUCCAGUACUGCUAUAAGAAAUCAAAAACACCUAGACCUCUUGAAAAAAUGUGUAAACCGCAACAGGAGUAUUCUUCACCAGGACCAUCUGAAGUUUUAAAUAAGACAAUAGAAAGAUCAGAUUCAUGGAAAGAUGAAGAUGGACUCAGUAUGGAAUCUACAGAAGACUGGACUGAUGAUAGCAAUCUCUUUGAUGAUGAACCUAGCAAAAAAACAUUAAAAACAAAUGUCACAGUACCACAAGAUGGUUCACCAAGACCUUUCUAUUCUCUUCCAGGCUCAGUAGAAAUACAUACCACGGAUGAUGAAGUACUUGAAGUAGCCAGUGUGAAUAAACUCUAUAAAACUGUUGUCCUUGGUCUUCCUGUUGUAGAUGCUGGAAAACACUGGGGAAAUAUGGAUUCAUCCCCUAUUAAAUUCAGUAACUUCUAUUCUGAGUUAUUAAGCAUUCCUGAAGAAUGGAGAACUGCACCAUUAUCGGCUGCCAAAUUCCAUCAGAUGAAGCAGAAGUUUCCAGUAGAGUGGUAUCAUUUUUUACUUGGCCAGCUAAACCUUUUUCAUUUGAAAGAAAAUCCUUCAGAUUUACUCAAAGAUCUUUUUAAAGACACUGCUUUGAAGGAUUUGUAUGCCCAGAGUGCCUUAUCCUGUUAUAUUGCAAUGUUUGGAUUAGAUGAUACUAUUGUUUCUCCUGGUCAUAUUUUCAGAGCCUACAAUGGAAGCCUUCCAUGGUCAGUCUGUUUGGAAUGGUUAAUAGGAAAACAAGAGUUAUAUCAAUUAACACUAAAAACGUUCAGAUAUACAGUGAAGCUUAUGGUUGAUAAAGCAAGCCUGGGUCCAGUUGAAGACUUUCAAGAGCUGCUAAACUAUCUUAAAGAAUAUGAAAAUGACUGGUACAUUGGGUUGGUGUCUGAAAAGGAAUGGCCACAAGCUGUUUUACAAGAAACGCCAUACCUUUUUUCUUUGGGGCAUGACCCAAAUAUGGGAGUUUAUACUGGCAGGAUACUUACGCUUCAGGAAUUUCGAGUACAAGUGGGAAAACUGAACGAGGAAGCUGUCAGAGGACAGUGGGGGAACCUCUCUUGGGAGCUGCUAUAUGCCACAAAUGAUGAUGAGGAACGCUAUAGCAUCCAAGCACAUCCCAUACUCCUGAGGAACCUGACCAUACAAGCAGCAGAUCCUCCCCUUGGCUAUCCUGUUUAUUCCUCCGAACCUCUUCAUCUGACUUUCUUGUAGUUCCCAGAAUGAAGCCACUUCAUUCCUUCACUGAAAAUUGGGUGGAAUGGGGGCACUUCUUUGGAGAGGGAUUUUGAGCACAUGCCUUUCAGUAUCAGGUGACAAUGGGAGAAGAAUGCAGGCAAUAAGAUAAUUAUGUAUUUUAAUGUUGUAUAUUGUAUACAUUUUUAUAUAAAAUCCCCCAAAUCAUUACCAAUACUGUAUUGACAAGUACCUUCCAUAGGGGUAUAAGUUUAUAUACCUUAAACCAUAGAUAAGCAUUUUACUUUAAGAUGGAGUCUACAUCUAUGAUUGUUAUAAGUUUAUUUAUGUGUAUUAUGAAAGGGAUACUUGAAAAAUAUUUAAUGUCUGUUCAAUUUUGAAAAAGAAAUGUUGGUUAAGAAUUACAAAUUGAAUAUUAAGGGAAAGAAAUAUCCUGGUUCAAUAAGAUGGAAGUUCCCAGCAUCAUUGGGCAACCACAAACACAGAGACUUGUAACCAUGCUCCUACUUUCAAACAAAUCCUACCUAUUUACUAAUGAGGAAAAAAUGGGGGUCAACAGAAGAAGUUGUGAGGAUACACAAAAAAGCAGAAAGCCAAGUCACAGUGGGAAACAAAUAUACUACCUGACAGAUCAGCCAUGAGGUUUGGGGUUGUGAGGGGACUGACCGGAGGUGGGUUCCUACCAGUUCGCACCUAUUCGGUAGAACCGGUUUAUCAAAUCUACCAAACAGGUUAGAAGAGGUUCCACCAGUGGACCCGGAAAGCAGGCCACACUUACAGAAGAGGUUCCAAAAAUUUUGAAACCCACCACUGGGACUGACCAAGCAGAUUUACCAUCAUAAGGCUAUAUUGCUUGCAGGAGAGGUAUUGUGAAAUCUAUAUUUAAUAUCUUGUCACAGUGACAAAGCAUUCUGUUCAUCUGUAGUUGGUAGAACUGUAAACUAUGCAGUGUAAUUCCAAGAAUCAACACUGGCUUUUGAGUACUUCAUUGUUGAGUUGGAAAUAGCAGAUAGAAGUUUUAAUUCUCCCAAGUUACGAAGCUAUCUUAUGAAAAAUUGAAAUGGAGCACGUUUUUGAGAGAUUUACUAAACUAUUUAAAAAAGUAUCGCUAAGCUCAUAUAUUAUAAAAAGCUAUUUACUAAAAGAGCAGAAUCAUCAUUGUG